AUCCCCAUCUACUCCCCGAUUAUCCUUGAAAUGUGCCCAAUAUAAAAGAUGGCUUCCAGUUCGCGAGUUUUCAGGCAAAGUUUUCGAUUCGCUCGUAACCUUAAAGUGAACAGCUGUAAGGUUCAAAGUCUUGUUAGCAGUGCCCACGUGCCAAAUUCGGGCACACAGAUUUCAAAUGGUAAAUUGGCCCGACCUUUAGCAUCUGUCUGUGGGUUGUUAAAUGGUUCAGCAAAAUGCACUCUUAAAACCAAGAUACAAUUUGCUGCUCCACAAGUUUCUAAUGUCAGUUUGGUGGCAAGAAGUGCAAGUUUCCUCAGCCCAGCUUCUCAAGAGUCGGAUGAAAGCAGUUUGUCGACGUCUGAAGGUAGUGAUUCCAGUUGCGAAGCUAUGGAGGGGCCUCAUGGUGAUGACGAUGGACUAGUAAUUACCAGCAGUUCAUCUGGCGAAGAUUUAUGACAUCAAACUGCCUGACUGAGUGUAUUGAACCAAAGACAAAGCUUUUAACAGAGACCUUUUUAAAUGUCUGAAAUGAGGAACUAUUGUUCAAAUGUGAUGAACUUUGAGAAAAUUUUAUCCUCAAAUGCAGUCUUGUGUAGCAAAGGCCUUGGCCAGGCAGUAAUUUAUCUUUCAAGAAGUCUGAACAAAAACUUUAUAUAAAAGUUCAUGUCAUAGUGUGUUAUUUUAUUUCAUUAGAACUUU